CGGCGAGAUCGAUCCGGCUCGACCCUGGCUCGAGCGGCUGUGACGCGUCCCGUGACCGAGCCGGCCAAUCGCACGCCGCCCAGCCCCAGGCAACAAAGCUUCCUUGAUGUCGCUGUCUUCGAAACGGAUGCCUGCAGGAACAUCUGGCACACCAUCGCCUGCCCUUGCCUCGCCUCGCCUACAACGGCUCCCGAUUCUACAGCCUCGUCACCAGAAUGCGUCUCUUCUCCGGCUUCGCCCAAACUGCCGGGCUGCUGUCCCUGGCCGUUGCCGUCCGAUGCAGCUUCGAAGGCCACCAGCACCCCCUGCAGCAAGACGUCAAUCCAUUCACUCCCCCCGGCACCGUCGUGUGGGCCUGCAACUCGCUCGACCGAGGCAUUGUCCUGACCUUUGACGACGGCCCUUCCCCUGGGAACACCGAGAAUCUACUCGACUACCUCAGCAAAACCGGCCUCAAAGCCACCUUUUUCGUCGUCGGCGCCAAUGCCCAGCGCUAUCCAGAUGUCGUGCGACGGAUUGUCAAUGAUGGCCAUCUGCUUGGAUCUCAUACGUGGUCUCACGCCAACCUGACCGACCUUGUUCAGACCAAGGGGAUCGAUGCUCUCGCCAGCGAAAUUGAUCGAAAUGAAGAGCUCCUGUUCGGGAUUACCCAACAGCGACCAUGGCUGUUCCGUCCACCUUACGGCGCCAUCAACGAAGCCAUUCGCAAGUAUCUAGAAGACCGCGGAUACACAAUCGUUAUGUGGAAUGCAGGCUGUUUCGACUGGUACUACCAGAACGUCACGCAAGAACUGGUUCCUCUUAUCAACGGCCUCCCGGAUGCCGGCGCAAUCGUCUGUAUGCACGACCUCUACGAAAGCACUGUCGGAGGCCUGCCUGUUCUUGUGGAUGCUUUCACGGGAACCGAGGGUUAUAUCAACCCACAGGGCCGUCGGAUCAUCACCAUGGAGGAAUGCAUCAACCCCGGUCGUUCGGCCCAUUCCCGUAACUCGCAGCGCUCGGAGCUCUGAAUCAAAUCUUGUUCAGAAGGUGGACGCCUGCGCGCACCCAUCGUCACCUCGGUGCGAAUUGGAGUCUUGAACGAAGCAAGACGGUGUCAUUUGUGCCCUUCCGCAACCCAACUCUGCCUGCUACUGGCUUGGUGGAACACAGCCUUGAAAUACAACGUGCAUUCAACCAGUUGGGAGACCAAUGUGGC